CAAUCCACAAAAGAGGUGCCACGUGUAAGGUUGUAAAUCACAAAUUGCAAGUCUUCACUAAUAUUAUUAUCAAGGGACCAUGCAAGCCUAAAGGAGCACAUUUACAAGUUAGAGCAGAAGAAGAAGAAGAAGAAAAGAGAGCAUAGGAAAUGGCAAGCACAGUAAUGAGCUCAUUGAGCCUUAAACCUGCAACUUUCAGUGUGGAGAAGACAGCAGUGAAAGGACUGCCAUCACUUGCUAGGUCUUCUUCUUCCUUCAGAGUUCAAGCUAGUGGUGUCAAGAAGCUUAAAACUGACAAGCCUUACGGAAUUAAUGGAAGCAUGAGCUUGAGAGACGGCGUUGAUGCCUCAGGCAGGAAGCCCAAGGGAAAGGGUGUUUACCAAUUCGUUGACAAAUAUGGAGCAAAUGUUGAUGGAUACAGCCCCAUCUACAACACAGAUGAUUGGUCUCCAAGCGGUGAUGUCUAUGUUGGUGGUACCACUGGCUUAGCCAUAUGGGCAGUCACCUUGGUUGGCAUUCUAGCUGGAGGUGCUCUCCUUGUUUUCAACACAAGUGCUUUGGCACAGUAGAUCGUUAUCCUUGUACUCCUAUUUAAGUUGUAUUCCAGCUCGCACCAUGUCUUUUCAAGAAUACUUUGCACUACAAAAUAUUUCCUGCCAUCUUGAUUAAUCUUGUAAUCGCUGUGAUUUUACUGUGGAUAUAUUAAACAUAAUGUUUAUCUAA